UAUUCUUUUGUGCGAAUCGCGAGUGAUUCUAGUGACAUCCAUGAUAAUCUCCAUUAUAUUAUUUUUAUGCCGUUUCUCGCUGAAUCACACAUGACUUUCUAUUGAUACUAGUGUUAAAUUACGUGCUAAAUAGUUUUAAGUAGUGCCUCAAAAUGAUGAGUGACGACGAUCGUGAUAUUGACAUAGAAAGUGAUGCUGAAAAUGACUCCGAUUCUCGUACUCAUAGGAAUAGCAGCGGUGGAAGUGGAUACUAUUCCCAGGCGGAAAAGCGAGCACACCACAACGCACUGGAGCGGAAAAGAAGAGACCACAUUAAGGAUAGUUUUACAUCAUUAAGAGACUCUGUGCCUGCCUUGCAGGGUGAGAAAGUGGUAUGUAAGGCAAGCAGAGCGCAGAUUUUGAAAAAAGCCGCAGAAUACAUCAUGUUUAUGAGGCGGAAAAAUAACUCCCACCAGCAAGAUAUUGACGACUUGCGGAGACAAAAUAAUCUACUGGAAUCACAGAUUAGAGCUCUAGAAAAAGCGAGAGCAACGGGCAACUACAUGGAUGCACACGAACUCGGCCUUGGGAUCAAGUCCGAAGGGAGCUCCCACGACACAGACAGCUCGGACGGAGAAGGCACGACCCGACGGGUGAAGAAACUUAAGAUUAACGGUGUUAAUGUUUCAUAAAAUUUCAUUUUGGACAGUAUUAAUAACAUAACUUCCGUGAAACACAGACAUAUUAAAUAUAUUAAAACGGGUCACUCAAGUAUUUUUAGUCGAAAAUCGCACAUCCGGUCCGCCAACGCGAGCUCCUGAAGACGGAACGGAGUGAAACAUGUCGAGCGAUUUGCGACUUAGAAUAUGUUAACCCUUUUUAAUAUAUUUAAUGUUUUGGACAGUGACAUGGUGUGCAAUUUAAAUGUAACAAUGCUCUAAGUUUUAAAGAUUAACUAUAAUAUUGAGGCAUUCACUACUAAAUUAAGAUAAAAAAAACCUUUAUUGAAAUGAAAUGCGUUUACUUAACAUAUUUUCUUUUUAAACUAAUGGUAUAAAUAAUCAUGUUACAUUUUUUAUGGUUUCUCUUCAAAUUUUGAAACAGGAAAAGAGAUUGUUAUGUUGAAAUGAUGUGAUGUGCAGUAGAAACAAAUAAGUACAGACCUUUUUUUUGUAGGUCACCACCUGUUUCAGUUUUUCAAGAUCCAUCAAUGAACUAGUGAAUGUAUAAAUUAAUCGGAUUGACUUUAAAACUUAAAGCAGUAAACCUUGAAUUGAUCUGUAUAGAUUUUUGAUGGCUAAAACCUUGCAAACAAAUCUUCUGCAUGGGCGGGAUAUUGAUAGAGUAUAUGAUAGCGCAUUGGAGGUCAAACCAAAGAGAUAGGCCGCGGCACAUUUAUUUGCAAGUUUAGUUUACUACAAGAGUCAUUGUUAUAAAGAGGUAGUCUAAAAAAAAAUGUGUCCCCUAGUUUGACAACCGAACCAGACGGCGCCGUAGGUACUUUUUUUCGUGGUCACUGAAUUGUCAAACUUCAAUAUUUGAUAACCAGGGUUACCCCAUAAUGUACUACAGGCGUAUUAUGGAUGGUUUUGUCCACGUGAUAAAAUAACUGACACUUUUUAACACCGUGGGAUAGAAAGUGACGGACACCGUUUUAUCACGCUGUCACGUAGACAAGAACGACCAUCAUAUCCGUACUGAGCCGUACUGAACCUGUCAAAUUCGAAGCACGAUUUGUCUUAGACUAUAUAAAUCUUAGGUCGGGUUGCAACAAACCGUCUGUCACCGUUUUAGCGUUCGCUAAAUUUUAUUGUACGGGAAGUUUCAUAGUUUUCUGCUGCUUGACGUUGAUCAGUCUGUUAAUUAGCUCCAUGCAUGAAUUUAUUUUUAUUUUUGGAUUCAUAAUUUAUAUCGUUGGAACACCGGAAAUGAUAAAAAUACUUUUGUAAACCUUAACAUUAUUUUAUUAAAAAAUAUUUAAAAUGUUGAAAAUUUUUGAGCGGUUGAAACGCUCAUAAUUUUUGGCGCGAAUUCGACAGAGCGUGAUGACGUCACACGUUGGGCGGCCCAACUGACGUUUGCUACUAAUGACACUAAUCUGUCGAACGCGUGACGUCACGUGGCGUUUUGAGCGUUUCGCUCACUAGCUUUUCGCGGGCAAAUUUUUGUACUUUUUUAUAAUUUUAAGUAAUUAAAUGGUAAUUUAAAAACGGAAAUGCAUUUGUAACAUGAUAUAACGGUAACAAACAUCCGAAUAAAACAUAUUUCGUUCAAAUACAAACUUCAUGCAUGAGGCUAAUUGUGGUUGGUGCAACUGACCCUAACACCGUCAAUGUAUCUUUGGUUUACAGCGUAUUUUCAACCAAGUGUAAAGCGAGGCGUAGACUAGCAAGAACUUGCAUGCAAUUUACGUUACAUUACCGACUACUAAGGUGAACUGCAUUCAAAAGUUUGAUCAGAUACCGCAAUGUAUAGUAUGAAUCUUCUCAAAUGAUUUUUACGUCUAAGACCCUAAUCUGUUAAACAAAAGCCAUUGUUUCUUUU